UUAUUAAUGUUUCUUUUGACUACUCUACCAUUAGAGUACAAAUACUGACCAUUAGAGUAUGUGUAGUACAAGUACUAUUGUGUUAUACUACGAGUACUGUUAUGUAAUUGGGAGAGUUAUAUUCCUUAUCAGAGUCGUAGAAGUUUGGUAACGUCCGUAUUAGUUUUAAGGUUAUUAUAGAAGUCAGUCUAUGUAAUCUAUAAUUUGCAGAUGUGGGGUAACAUUGGAGUCCUCGCAGACUACGUGAUUUGCAACAAACUCGCACUUUCACCGGACCGCAUCACACAUAGGUGUUUGUUCGUGAUCCCCAUUGUGCCAUCGAUUCUGCUGACGAUAGGAACGGUGGUGAUGCCAAAAUCCCCUCAUUGGCUAAUCAAAACCAGGCUGAGGGUCGACGAGGUGAAGCAGAUCAUGGAAAGCGACGAGAAAAGCACGGCAGAGAUCGAUAGCUUAGCGUUUCAGAUGGAACACCUAGCAGACCACAUACCUUCGUUGCGCUUCAUGUGGAAGGACUUCGCCCGACUUCUGUUGCGCCGCAUUGCCAUCUCCGCCACGCUCGUAUAUUCGCUUCGACACUUCGGGGUCGACGCCUACCUCAAGCUGGAGAGCCUGUUGGCUUUGUACGAAGUCGAUGAGAAGUUGUUGACCAAAGCGAACAAGACGAUUCUCUUCGUGAAGGCGAUCUGUGCCAUGAUCUCCAGCCGCGUGGCAGACAAAGCCGGGAGCCGGUUCCUGCUGCUGCUCAGUACUGUAUUGCUCACCAUUUUGUUUAUGCUCGCAUUUGGGCUACCGUUGGUCAGCAUCCACAACAAUGCCGCCCCUCGUCAAGUCUACGGUAGCAGCGCCAAAGUCCUCAGCCUGGUGGCCUUCGUGUUGGGAAAUCAGAAUUCGGUGAAAACUGCAUGUGUAUUAUUACUUAAACCACAUAGGGUUUAUAUAGAGUACAAAGACUGACUAUUAGAGUAUGUGUAGUACAAGUAGUACUGUGUUAUAUUACGAGUACUGUUAUGUCAUUGAGAGAGUUAAAUUCCUUAUCAGAGUCGUAGAAGUUAGACAAUGUCUGUAUUAGUGUUAGGGUUAUUAUAGAUUACAGAGACCGAAUUCUAUAAUAAUGCUAACACUAAUACGGAUGUUACCUAACUUCUACGACUCUGAUAAGGAAUAUAACUCUCCCAAUUACAUAACAGUAUUCGUAGUAUAACACAAUACUACUCGUACUACACAUACUAUAUUAGGGUUUAUAUGGAGUACAGAGACUGACUUCUAUAAUAACCCUAACACUAAUAUGAAAAUUACCUAACUUGUAAGACUCUAAUAAGGAAUAUAAUUCUGA